ACUCCCGGGAUCUACGAAAGCACAGCCAGGGUGCGGGCGGGCACGAGGAAGGCUCCUGGAGCUCAUCUGCCUGAGAUGGGCGGGCCCUGCCUUGACCUCACGUGCAGCAAUUAGGACCACCAAAGAGUGUUCUUCAAACCACCUUCUACCACCCCGCGGGACACGCCAGGGCUGAUUCUGGUGCUCGCACCCCGCUUCCUCCUCUGCGUUCCCCUGUGGCAAAGAUAAGGAGUCAGGCCAGGGCGGGAUGACACUCAUUGAUUCUAAAGCAUCUUUAAUCUGCCAGGCGGAGGGGGCUUUGCUGGUCUUUCUUGGACUAUUCCAGAGAGCUGGUGGCCAUGACUGGCUUUCGUGGAUGUGUAUGUUCCUGAGGAAAGAUGAUUUGCUGUGAGUGCUCCUGUGGGGAGGACAUGCAGUGUCUGCCUGGGAGAAGAGGCAGCUGAGGCCGUGGCCCAGAGUGGUAGGAGCCACAAGCCACCCUGGGCAGGACGAGGCCCUGAGGGAGGACCACUGUCAUCUGGGAAGUAACAACGCAGGAUGCCCCCUGGGGUGGACUGCCCCAUGGAAUUCUGGACCAAGGAGGAGAAUCAGAGCGUCGUGGUUGACUUCCUGCUGCCCACAGGGGUCUACCUGAACUUCCCUGUGUCCCGCAAUGCCAACCUCAGCACCAUCAAGCAGCUGCUGUGGCACCGCGCCCAGUAUGAGCCGCUCUUCCACAUGCUCAGUGGCCCCGAGGCCUAUGUGUUCACCUGCAUCAACCAGACAGCGGAGCAGCAAGAGUUGGAGGACGAGCAACGGCGUCUGUGUGACGUGCAGCCCUUCCUGCCCGUCCUGCGCCUGGUGGCCCGUGAGGGCGACCGCGUGAAGAAGCUCAUCAACUCACAGAUCAGCCUCCUCAUCGGCAAAGGCCUCCACGAGUUUGACUCCUUGUGCGACCCAGAAGUGAACGACUUUCGCGCCAAGAUGUGCCAAUUCUGCGAGGAGGCGGCCGCCCGCCGGCAGCAGCUGGGCUGGGAGGCCUGGCUGCAGUACAGUUUCCCCCUGCAGCUGGAGCCCUCAGCUCGAACCUGGGGGCCUGGCACCCUGCGGCUCCCGAACCGGGCCCUUCUGGUCAACGUUAAGUUUGAGGGCAGCGAGGAAAGCUUCACCUUCCAGGUGUCCACCAAGGAUGUGCCGCUGGCGCUGAUGGCCUGUGCCCUGCGGAAGAAGGCCACGGUGUUCCGGCAGCCGCUGGUGGAGCAGCCAGAAGACUACACGCUGCAGGUGAACGGCAGGCAUGAGUACCUGUAUGGCAGCUACCCGCUCUGCCAGUUCCAGUACAUCUGCAGCUGCCUGCACAGUGGGUUGACCCCUCACCUGACCAUGGUCCAUUCCUCCUCCAUCCUCGCCAUGCGGGAUGAGCAGAGCAACCCUGCACCCCAGGUCCAGAAACCGCGUGCCAAACCACCUCCCAUUCCUGCGAAGAAGCCUUCCUCUGUGUCCCUGUGGUCCCUGGAGCAGCCGUUCCGCAUCGAGCUCAUCCAGGGCAGCAAAGUGAACGCCGACGAGCGGAUGAAGCUGGUGGUGCAGGCCGGGCUUUUCCACGGCAACGAGAUGCUGUGCAAGACGGUGUCCAGCUCGGAGGUGAGCGUGUGCUCGGAGCCCGUGUGGAAGCAGCGGCUGGAGUUCGACAUCAACAUCUGCGACCUGCCCCGCAUGGCCCGUCUCUGCUUUGCGCUGUACGCCGUGAUCGAGAAAGCCAAGAAGGCUCGCUCCACCAAGAAGAAGUCCAAGAAGGCGGACUGCCCCAUUGCCUGGGCCAACCUCAUGCUGUUUGACUACAAGGACCAGCUUAAGACCGGGGAACGCUGCCUCUACAUGUGGCCCUCCGUCCCAGAUGAGAAGGGCGAGCUGCUGAACCCCACGGGCACUGUGCGCAGUAACCCCAACACGGAUAGUGCUGCCGCCCUGCUCAUCUGCCUGCCCGAGGUGGCCCCGCACCCCGUGUACUACCCCGCCCUGGAGAAGAUCUUGGAGCUGGGGCGACACAGCGAGUGUGUGCAUGUCACCGAGGAGGAGCAGCUGCAGCUGCGGGAAAUCCUGGAGCGGCGGGGGUCUGGGGAGCUGUAUGAGCACGAGAAGGACCUGGUGUGGAAGCUGCGGCAUGAAGUCCAGGAGCACUUCCCGGAGGCGCUAGCCCGGCUGCUGCUGGUCACCAAGUGGAACAAGCAUGAGGAUGUGGCCCAGAUGCUCUACCUGCUGUGCUCCUGGCCGGAGCUGCCCGUCCUGAGCGCCCUGGAGCUGCUAGACUUCAGCUUCCCCGAUUGCCACGUAGGCUCCUUCGCCAUCAAGUCGCUGCGGAAACUGACGGACGAUGAGCUGUUCCAGUACCUGCUGCAGCUGGUGCAGGUGCUCAAGUACGAGUCCUACCUGGACUGCGAGCUGACCAAAUUCCUGCUGGACCGGGCCCUGGCCAACCGCAAGAUCGGCCACUUCCUUUUCUGGCACCUCCGCUCCGAGAUGCACGUGCCGUCGGUGGCCCUGCGCUUCGGCCUCAUCCUGGAGGCCUACUGCAGGGGCAGCACCCACCACAUGAAGGUGCUGAUGAAGCAGGGGGAAGCACUGAGCAAACUGAAGGCCCUGAAUGACUUCGUCAAGCUGAGCUCUCAGAAGACCCCCAAGCCCCAGACCAAGGAGCUGAUGCACUUGUGCAUGCGGCAGGAGGCCUACCUAGAGGCCCUCUCCCACCUGCAGUCCCCACUCGACCCCAGCACCCUGCUGGCUGAAGUCUGCGUGGAGCAGUGCACCUUCAUGGACUCCAAGAUGAAGCCCCUGUGGAUCAUGUACAGCAACGAGGAGGCAGGCAGUGGCAGCAGCGUGGGCAUCAUCUUUAAGAAUGGGGAUGACCUCCGGCAGGACAUGCUGACCCUGCAGAUGAUCCAGCUCAUGGACGUCCUGUGGAAGCAGGAGGGGCUGGACCUGAGGAUGACCCCCUACGGCUGCCUCCCCACCGGGGACCGCACAGGCCUCAUUGAGGUGGUACUCCGUUCAGACACCAUCGCCAACAUCCAACUCAACAAGAGCAACAUGGCAGCCACAGCCGCCUUCAACAAGGACGCCCUGCUCAACUGGCUGAAGUCCAAGAACCCGGGGGAGGCCCUGGAUCGAGCCAUUGAGGAGUUCACCCUCUCCUGUGCUGGCUAUUGUGUGGCCACAUACGUGCUGGGCAUUGGCGAUCGGCACAGCGACAACAUCAUGAUCCGAGAGAGUGGGCAGCUGUUCCACAUUGAUUUUGGCCACUUUCUGGGGAAUUUCAAGACCAAGUUUGGAAUCAACCGCGAGCGUGUCCCAUUCAUCCUCACCUAUGACUUUGUCCAUGUGAUUCAGCAGGGGAAGACUAAUAAUAGUGAGAAAUUUGAACGGUUCCGGGGCUACUGUGAAAGGGCCUACACCAUCCUGCGGCGCCACGGGCUUCUCUUCCUCCACCUCUUUGCCCUGAUGCGGGCGGCAGGCCUGCCUGAGCUCAGCUGCUCCAAAGACAUCCAGUAUCUCAAGGACUCCCUGGCACUGGGGAAAACAGAGGAGGAGGCACUGAAGCACUUCCGAGUGAAGUUUAACGAAGCCCUCCGUGAGAGCUGGAAAACCAAAGUGAACUGGCUGGCCCACAACGUGUCCAAAGACAACAGGCAGUAGCAGCUCCUCCCAGCCCUGGGCCCAAGAGGAGGCAGCUGCGGGUGGUGGGGACCAGGCACGUUGGUCCUAAAGGGGCUGAAGAGCCUGAACCGCACCUAAUGGGAAAGAACCGGCAUGGCUGCCUUUUGUUUACACUGGUUAUUUAUUUAUGACUUGAAAUGUUUAAGGAGCUAAACAGCCAUAAACGGAAACGCCUCCUUCGUGCAGUGGCGGUGCUGGGCCCCCCGAGGCUGCACCUGGCUCUCGGCUGAGGAUUGUCACCCCAAGUCUUCCAGCUGGUGGAUCUGGGCCCAGCAAAGACUGUUCUCCUCCCGAGGGAACCUUCUUCCCAGGCCUCCCGCCAGACUGCCUGGGUCCUGGCGCCUGGCGGUCACCUGGUGCCUACUGUCUGACAGGAUGCCUCGAUCCUCGUGCGACCCACCCUGUGUAUCCUCCCUAGACUGAGUUCUGGCAGCUCCCCGAGGCAGCCGGGGUACCCUCUAGAUUCAGGAAUGCUUGCUCUCCACUUUUCAAGUGGGUCUUGGGUACGAGAAUUCCCUCAUCUUUCUCUACUCUAAAGUGAUUUUGUUUGCAGGUAAGAAAAUAAUAGAUGACUCACCACACCUCCUACGGCUUGGGGAGAUCAGGCCCAGCCCCAUAAAGGAGAAUCUACGCUGGUCCUCGGCGUGUUAAAGAGAUCUGGGCCUCAUGUAGCUCACCCCGGUCACGCGUGAAGGCAAAAGCAGGUCAGAAGCAAAUACUCUGCCAUUAUCUCAAAAAAAAUUUUUUUUUGAGAUGGGGUCUUGCUCUGUUGCCCAGGCUGGAGUGCAGUGGUGCAAUCUUGGCUCACUGUAACCUCCGCCUCCCAGGUUCAAGUGAUUCUUCUGCCUCAGCCUCCUGAGUAGCUGGGAUUACAGGUGUGCACCACCGUACCCAGCUAAUUUUUGUAUUUUAGUAGAGACGGGGGGUUUCACCAUGUUGGCUGGGCUGGUCUCGAACUCCUGACCUCAGGUGAUCCACCCGCCUCAGCCUCCCAAAGUGCUGGGAUUACAGGCACGAGCCACCACGCCCGGCCCACUCUGCCAUUGUCUAAGCCACCUCUGAAAGCAGGUUUUAACAAAAGGAUGAGGCCAGAACUCUUCCAGAACCAUCACCUUUGGGAACCUGCUGUGAGAGUGCUGAGGUACCAGAAGUGUGAGAACGAGGGGGCGUGCUGGGAUCUUUCUCUCUGACUAUACUUAGUUUGAAAUGGUGCAGGCUUAGUUUUAAGCCUCCAAAGGCCUGGAUUUGAGCAGCUUUAGAAAUGCAGGUUUUAGGGCUUCUCCCAGCCUUCAGAAGCCAACUAACUGCAGAUGGGGCUAGGACUGUGGGCUUUUAGCAGCCCACAGGUGAUCCUAACAUAUCAGGCCAUGGAGUCAGGACCUGCCCGGUGAUGCUGUUGAUUUCUCAAAGGUCUUCCAAAACUCAACAGAGCCAGAAGUAGCCGCCCGCUCAGCGGCUCAGGUGCCAGCUCUGUUCUGAUCCACCAGGGGUCCGUCAGUAGUCAUUGCCACCUGCGGGGCACCUCCCUGGCCACACGCCUGUUCCCAGCAAGUGCUGAAACUCACUAGACCGUCUGCCUGUUUCGAAAUGGGGAAAGCCGUGCGUGCGCGUGUUAUUUAUUUAAGUGCGCCUGUGUGCGCGGGCGUGGGAGCACACUUUGCACAGCCGCAGCGUUUCUGGUUUUGGGUGUACAGUCUUGUGUGCCUGGCGAGAAGAAUAUUUUCUAUUUUUUUAAGUCAUUUCAUGUUUCUGUCUGGGGAAGGCAAGUUAAGUAUCACUGAUGUGGGUUGAGACCAGCACUCUGUGAAACCUUGAAAUGAGAAGUAAAGGCAGAUGAAAAGAAAGAAAA